AUGACUACCAGGGGCAAAAAAGGGAUUUUCAAACCAAAACCUCCUAAAGCUUUAUUUUCUUCCAAAUAUCCAGUACUUGUAGGAUUACUUGCUUCGACAGAAUACUUUGUUCCUACUUCAGUUGCUCAGGCUAAGAGACAUCCAAAAUGGCUCAACUCAUUAGUUACAGAAUGUACAACUCUCAAAAAUGCUGGCACUUGGACUCUUGAGCCACCACAUCCAUCACAAAACUUAGUGGGAUGUAAAUGGGUCUUCAAAAUCAAACACAAUACUGAUGGCACUAUAGAGAGAUUGAAAUCUAGACUUGUUGCAAAGGGUUAUCAUCAACAAGAGGGGAUAAACUAUGAAGAAACUUUCAGCCCAGUUGCAAAGCCUACUACUAUCAGAUUAACUUUGGCUCUUGCUGUUCACAACAACUGUCCAGUUAAAAAAACUUGA